CGGUUGUGUUUAAGAAGAGAGGGAAAAGGAAGCACACAGGGCAUUUGCGUUUCUUUCUCUUCUUCUUUCUCUCUGUCUUCCUUCCUUCUUUCCCAUGGGGUUUCCAAAUUGGCCUUGAGCCGCGGGAGACAUUCUCUUCUCUUACAUCUCUAUCUUUCCACUAAUUUCCCAUCUCUAUCUUUUGGGAUCCAUGGAUACUAAAGGGAGGCUCGUGGCUGGUUCUCACAACAGGAAUGAGUUUGUACUCAUCAAUGCAGAUGAGAUUGGAAGAGUGACUUCCGUGAAAGAGUUGAGCGGACAGAUUUGUCAGAUUUGCGGGGACGAGAUCGAAUUUACUGUCGAUGGAGAGCCUUUUGUUGCCUGCAAUGAAUGUGCAUUCCCAGUUUGCAGACCUUGCUACGAAUACGAAAGGAGGGAAGGCAAUCAGGCGUGCCCUCAGUGCAAAACACGAUACAAACGAAUCAAGGGGAGCCCUAGAGUCGAUGGAGACGAAGACGAGGACGAAUUCGACGAUUUGGAGCAUGAAUUCGAUUACAAUGGAAACCCUCAACAGCUCACAGAAGCAGCCCUCGCUUCUCGACACAAUCUUGGCCGCAGCGCUUCCGGAAUCACUACACCAUCAGAAUUGGAUCCCUCAGCAGUCAACUCAGAAAUUCCUCUACUCACGUAUGGCCAAGAGGAUGACACGAUCUCGGCCGACAAACACGCACUCAUUAUCCCUCCAUUUAUGGGCCGUGGGAAGAGAGUUCAUCCCAUGCCGUACACUGAUUCAUCCAUGACCUUGCCUCCACGGCCAAUGGAUCCCAAGAAAGACUUAGCAGUGUACGGCUAUGGGACUGUUGCUUGGAAGGAAAGAAUGGAGGAAUGGAAGAGAAAGCAAAAUGAUAAGCUUCAAGUGGUUAAGCAUCAAGGGGAUAAAGGUGGUUUCGAUGAGCUGGAUGAUCCCGAUUUACCCAAGAUGGACGAAGGCAGACAGCCACUUUCCAGGAAGUUACCGAUUCCAUCGAGCAAAAUAAGCCCUUACAGAAUCAUCAUUGUGCUGCGAAUGGCGAUUCUAGGAUUGUUCUUUCAUUACAGAAUUCUUCAUCCUGUGAACGAUGCAUAUGGGCUGUGGCUUACUUCAAUUAUAUGCGAAAUAUGGUUCGCCGUGUCUUGGAUAUUUGAUCAGUUUCCAAAAUGGUUUCCUAUUGUACGAGAAACAUACCUAGACAGACUGUCGCUAAGGUAUGAGAAAGAGGGAAAACCCUCAGGGCUAGCUGCUGUGGACAUAUUCGUGAGUACGGUGGAUCCCAUGAAGGAACCUCCGCUAAUCACUGCCAACACGGUUCUUUCAAUUCUUGCUGUGGAUUAUCCCAUCGACAAGGUCGCAUGCUAUGUAUCUGAUGAUGGUGCGGCAAUGCUGACCUUCGAAGCUCUUUCCGAGACAUCCGAGUUUGCCAGGAAAUGGGUUCCCUUCUGCAAGAAAUAUAGAAUUGAACCCCGGGCUCCCGAAUGGUACUUUGCUCAGAAAGUUGACUAUUUGAGAGACAAAGUUGAGCCAACAUUUGUCAGGGAGCGUCGAGCGAUGAAGAGAGAGUAUGAAGAGUUUAAGAUCCGAAUAAAUGCAUUGGUUGCCACGUCACAGAAGGUUCCCGAGGAUGGUUGGACUAUGCAAGAUGGAACUCCGUGGCCGGGAAAUAAUGUCAGGGAUCACCCCGGAAUGAUACAGGUGUUCUUGGGUCAAAAUGGUGUCCGAGAUAUUGAAGGGAAUGAGUUGCCUCGACUUAUAUAUGUUUCUCGUGAGAAACGACCUGGUUUUGAGCAUCACAAAAAAGCCGGUGCUAUGAAUGCCUUGAUUCGGGUGUCAGCUGUGAUCUCCAAUGCUCCUUACCUACUUAAUGUCGAUUGUGAUCACUACAUAAACAACAGCAAGGCUCUUAGAGAGGCUAUGUGUUUCAUGAUGGAUCCUCAGGCUGGAAAGAAGAUAUGCUACGUGCAGUUUCCACAAAGAUUCGAUGGAAUUGAUAGGCACGAUCGAUACUCAAAUCGAAACGUUGUCUUCUUUGAUAUAAAUAUGAAAGGGCUUGAUGGGAUUCAAGGUCCGAUAUACGUAGGAACUGGAUGUGUCUUCCGAAGGCAAGCUCUUUAUGGAUAUGAUGCCCCGAAGAAGGCGAAACCACCCGGCAAGACAUGCAAUUGUUGGCCGAAAUGGUGUUGCUGCUGCUGUGGUUCGAGGAAGAAGAACAAGAAAGCGAAGUCGAAAGAAAACAAGGAAAAGAUUAAACACAGGGAUGCAUCGCCGCAGAUUCAUGCUCUUGAAAACAUCGAGGAAGGAAUCGAGGGAAUCGACAACGAGAAAUCAUCCCUCAUGCCUCAAGUAAAGUUCGAGAAAAAAUUCGGACAGUCGCCAGUUUUCAUUGCAUCAACGCUUCUAGAACAAGGCGGCGUUCCCCCGGGAGCAACAUCCGCGUCGCUCCUCAAAGAAGCUAUUCAUGUGAUUAGCUGUGGUUACGAAGACAAGACAGAUUGGGGGAAAGAGAUUGGAUGGAUUUACGGCUCGGUUACUGAAGACAUUUUAACUGGAUUCAAGAUGCAUUGCCAUGGCUGGCGCUCGGUCUACUGUAUUCCCAAAAGACCUGCCUUUAAGGGAUCUGCCCCAAUCAAUCUUUCAGAUCGUUUGCACCAGGUUCUUCGAUGGGCCUUGGGGUCAGUCGAGAUUUUCUUGAGCAGGCACUGUCCUAUUUGGUAUGGAUACGGAUGCGGUCUGAAACCAUUGGAGAGAUUUUCGUACAUAAACUCAGUCGUCUAUCCAUUGACAUCACUUCCCUUGAUUGCUUACUGCACUUUACCCGCAGUCUGCCUACUCACGGGGAAAUUCAUCGUCCCGGAGAUCAGCAACUACGCGAGUAUAGUUUUCAUGGGUCUUUUCAUCUCCAUCGCUGCAACUAGCGUUCUUGAAAUGCAGUGGGGCGGAGUUGGGAUUGACGACUGGUGGAGAAACGAGCAGUUUUGGGUGAUCGGUGGCGUCUCGUCUCACCUCUUUGCUCUACUUCAAGGUCUUCUCAAAGUAUUGGCUGGCGUCAACACGAACUUCACUGUCACAUCCAAAGCAGCAGACGACGGGGAGUUCUCUGAGCUCUAUCUCUUCAAGUGGACAUCUUUGUUGAUCCCACCGAUGACUCUUAUGAUCAUCAACAUAAUUGGAGUUAUAGUCGGCGUCUCAGACGCCAUAAACAAUGGGUACGAAACAUGGGGUCCUCUAUUCGGGAAGCUCUUCUUUGCGCUAUGGGUGAUCGUGCACUUAUAUCCCUUCCUCAAAGGUUUCAUGGGGAAACAAGAUCGACUUCCUACUAUCAUCGUGGUAUGGUCCAUUCUUUUGGCUUCGAUAUUCUCUUUGUUGUGGGUUCGAAUCAAUCCAUUCUUGUCUAGAGAUGGCAUUGUCUUGGAAGUUUGCGGGUUGGACUGUGAUUAGUGAUACAGAAGAAUAAAGAGUUUAGGUUUCGUGUAGAAAAAAGAAAGAAAAAAUGUUGCGUGGGAACUGCAGAAUGGAGAGUAUUCGAUAUCAGGGCGAGCACGAGAUGAAGGAGAUGGAAGAGAAGCCCUGUGUGUAGAUAUGAAAGAGAAAUGCUGCAACAGCACACAUCUAUAUAUUGUUGUGCACAGUUUUUAUUUGUUGAUUUAUUUGGAUAAGUUUGUGUGUUCUUGAUUGUCGAGAGAAACGUUUGUCAAGUUGUCAUAAUUUAUAUUUCCCUUCUCAAUAAAAAAAAGAAUGCCCCUUUCAUCCUUUUCAACA